AUGUUUUUCAGCGACCAAGAGAAAGAUGUCUGCGGUGACUUGUUCUCGUUCACUGGCAUUUUCGGCCAAAAUGAAGAAAUCCUUAAGGCCAAAGAGAAUAGGGAGGAUACGUUCGAGAACAAGCUGGAGGAAAUGCAUGGGCUUAUAGAAAGACCAGGUGAUAGUGAAGAAGGGUGCAGGAAGGCGAUCAAGGAGAAGAGAGAGCGAGGAAGGAUUAAUUCUAAAGUGUCCAGGCAGAGGAAGAAGCAGUAUGUGAGAGAGUUGGAAGAGCAGGUUGAGGAGCUGAAGUAAGGAAAAUCUCAGGCUUGCUAGUCUUUUGGUAAAGUAUAAGGAAAAUGGAGAGGAGAAAGGGAUUGGAAUGACUGAUCCGAGUAAGAUCGCUAUUGAGAUCAAUACUGGGAUCAAGAAAGUGGUUGCUGAUUCAUUGAAUAAUAAAUCAAAUCAGCAUAAUGAUAUGUUGCCUGAUAAAGGUGGAAAAUUUUGGAUCACCCCUGUUGAAAAAUUAAGAAAAAAGUUUUAGUAUUUUUCUUGAUGAAAUUUUUAAAUUAAUUAUCAACAAUCUUUAUCCAAAUCCGAGAGUUAAAUAUUGGAAGAAUUGGAAUAAAGAGUACUCAACAGAUUAUGAUAUUAUCAAAAAGCUUAAUAAUUGUUCGAAGUACAAAAUGCCAGAAUUUAUUGAGAAACACAAUAUAUCAGAACUUGAUGAAUUUGUGGCUUCACUAAAGCCUACCAAGAAACAGUUUAACUUUGUUAAAGUGAUACUGACCAAAGAGUUUGAGAUAAAGCAAAAAUACUCUGAGAUUGUAAAGAUCUUAUGCAAAGUAAAGACAAUGAUCCAAGAGGCUUGUUGUGAAAUGUACAGUGUCUCGAACAUCUCUCUCAGAUCAGGUAUUUUCUCAGACAAGACCUUGAUCAAUUCCAGAUUUGCACAAGGAUUUCUCAAAGAAGAUGAUGCCUUCCUUAAUAUCUGGAACGUCCAGUCUGAACCACAGACUUAUAAGAAAGACUUAGGGAAGGAUAAGAUAGUUGGCAGGCUGGCCAAAAGUCUUCUUCCGAAGUCUGACAUCAUUUGAUCCUUUGAUUUUCUGAACUUUUCAAUCAAGGAUUAAAUUAGGAAACAAUUAGGAACACUCAUUUUAGGAAAUUAGCGACCAGAAUAUUAUAAUUAUUCGAUGUUCGCAAU